UAUGCAUUAUGCAGGACUUCAGACUACUAGUAGUGGGUCGAGAGACCACACAUGCAUGUCCAGCAGUUACCUUGAUUCAACUUUUGGAACGACCAUCCGAGUCGUCCUGGACAAGGGUAGGCUAUGGGACUCCGCGAUGUUGAAGAUGCCUUCAACCGUUAUAUUUUCGAUGAAGUGCCUGUCCGCCUGCUAUACUUGCCGCAGAUGAAGCUCCUCGAGAGAGACUCAUUGAAGCGUCUUUAUCAACCUCAUAUCGACCACAUUACAGAAGCUGAUCUGAAUCACCCAAUCGACAGAAGUGCAGCGAUCGGAGGGAAGAUCAGAGAACAAUUGAAAUAUGGCAUCCUUUCGCACCGCUGGCUUUCACUAGAACCAAGCUUUCAAGACAUAAUGAGCGGCAAAACACUGGAUGGGCCAGGCUGGGACAAGUUGAGAGAGUUCUGCCGGGUCGCCAACAAAGUUUAUGGAGUGGAGCUCGUCUGGUCAGACACUUGCUGCAUUGACAAGACCAGCAGCUCUGAGCUGGACGAAUCUCUCCGGUGUAUGUUUAGGUGGUAUCGCAAUGCACACAUCUGCAUCACCUACCUUGCCGAAACGACCUCCGUAGAUCAAUUUCAUAACGACGAGUGGUUCACUCGAGGAUGGACCUUACAAGAGCUACUCGCUCCUAGGAAAAUAAGAUUCUUCCGCAAAGAUUGGAUACCGCUAACAAACUACACAAUCGACAAGGAUCGCCCUGCUGCCGAUCAGCCGAUCUUGGACAUCAUCACCGAAGUCACCAGUAUCUCAUCACAAGAUCUGCAAGCCUUUGUCCCUGGUCCUUUCCAGGUCGACACAAGAAUGGUAUGGGCAGCAGACAGAAAAACGACUAGAAGCGAGGAUGUAGCUUAUUCCCUCAUGGGAAUUUUCGAUGUCAGCAUUCCGAUCGCAUAUGGGGAAGGCGCCCAACGUGCGUUUUUCAGGCUCGUUGAAGCAAUCAUGCAGGUAUCAAACGAACCAGGAGUCCUGAAUUGGGCCGGAAAACCCGCACAGAUACACAGACUGUCCACUGCAUUCCCCUCUGCUCCAGCAUGCUACUUAGGACAUCCUCACUACGAUAGAAGCCUUGCAACAGAUGAAAAACGCGAGUUCGCUUUGACAAACAGGGGUUUGCGUAUACAGCUCCUCGUCAUACCGAUCGACCUUGUCACUAGAUUAAUCCCCCCAGCGACAUCCAUCCAAGAUCGCGCAACGUUUCGUUGCAAUGCAUUCAAAAUAAAUGGCUUGACAAUUGACGGCCCUUCUUUUCCUGUCCUUGAGAGGACUGGGACAAAUCGGUACGCCUACUCUUUGGGUAUCAUCAACUAUGCCAUGAUCCAAGGGGAAAGCAAGAAUCCUGUCCUUCCGAAAUCGUGCAUUGCUUACCUAUUGAUACGAUUGAAGGGGACACGGUCAUUUGCAAAAAUAGUUCUUUCUGUUUGCAACGAUUGGAAGAAGGUUGAAACCAAGACGUUCAUCACAUUUGAUCUUCCACAAGACUAUACUGUUGCGAAGCGGAACUUGUUGAUGACAGUAUGGAUAUGACAAUUCUACAAUUAUAUACCGUAAUGACAGUAGAACUUACAAUGUUAGACGUCCAUCCUCGUGGCCAUAGUCAUAGCAGUUGGGUGUGGGUGUGGCAUUUAUG